UUGCUUAACCCAUUAAAAACACCCAAUAUGUAUACUUUCCAUCACAUUGUCUCAUACUUCGUAUUCCUCAAUGAAGAGUCAAUUAUUAGACAUAAAGCCGAGGACGAAGGCAGUGUUUUAUGUGUUGGGUUCCCUAAUUAGUCUUGUGGGUUUGGGGAUUUUGCUUUGUUGGUUGUUUGUCAAGAAAGAGGUAAUUUUAGGGUCUGUUAAUGUUUUGGUUAAUGGUACAUCUGCAAUAGCAACAACAGAUGAGAAUUUCAUAUGUGCUACUCUGGAUUGGUGGCCUCCACAGAAAUGCGACUGUGGAACUUGCAGUUGGGGCAAAGCUUCUCUUCUUAAACUAGAUCUCGAAAACCCCAUUUUGUUGAAUGCUGUCAAAGCCUUUUCUCCAUUGAAGAUCAGACUGGGUGGAACUUUACAAGAUAGAGUCAUAUAUGAAACAAAAGGUGAUGGAAAACCUUGUACACCAUUUGUUAAAGACCAUUCUGAGUUUUUGGGAUUUUCUCAAGGUUGCUUAUCUAUGUCUAGAUGGGAUGAGCUCAAUGUUUUCUUCGGGAAAGCCGGGGCUCUUGUUGUUUUUGGAUUAAAUGCAUUAAAUGGAAGGACUAUAGAUUCUCAUGGGAAAGCAGUUGGAGCUUGGAAUUCCAGCAAUGCUGAAUCCCUCCUAAGAUACACUGUCAAUAAUGGCUACAAAAUUCAUGGCUGGGAACUUGGUAAUGAACUCUGUGGCAGCCACAAAAUCGGAGCGAUAAUUGCAGAAGAUCAAUAUGCUUCAGAUGUAGAAACUCUUCAGAACCUUGUGCAGAAGAUAUAUAAAGGUUCUGAGGUUAAGCCACUGGUGAUAGCACCAGGAGGGUUUCUUGACACUAACUGGUUCACGAAAUUUAUAAAGAAAGCACCCACUUCUCUUCAAGCAGUCACCCAACAUAUUUACAACCUUGGGGGAGGUGAUGAUAAGAACCUCACUAGCAAGAUUCUUGAUCCAAAUUACCUUAAGAGUGGAUCCAAGAAUUUUAUUCGGCUUCAACAAAUUUUGAAGAAUUCUGGGAGUUCAGCAGUUGCAUGGGUUGGGGAAGCAGGGGGAGUUCAUAGCAGUGGCCAGAAUCUUGUCAGCAAUGCAUUUGUAAACAGUUUCUGGUACUUGGACCAGCUUGGAAUGGCAGCUUCCUAUGAUACAAAAACAUACUGCAGACAGACAUUGAUAGGUGGGAAUUAUGGUCUUCUAAAUACUGAAACCUUUGUUCCCAAUCCAGAUUACUACAGUGCUCUUCUCUGGCAUCGUUUAAUGGGGAGCAAAGCCCUGUUCACAAAUUCCACAGGGGCAAGCAAUAUUCGAGCUUAUGCUCACUGUUCUAAGAAAUCUCAAGGAAUCACAUUGCUACUUAUCAACUUAGAUGCUGAUACUAGAUUUGAAGUCUGCAUUUCAACCGAAAAUCCUACUGGCAAUGGAACUUCGAUCAUGAAUCUAGAAGAACGAACUGAAAGAUUAAAUUUUGGAAGUUUGACUCGACGUUGUAAGAGGUCAUCAACGGAUAUGAGAGAAGAGUACCAUUUAAAGGCAAAAGAUGGAGAUUUACACAGUCAAACAGUUCUUCUGAAUGAUAAAGUACUUACAGUUGGUUCAUCUGGAGAAAUCCCUCCAAUGGAGCCAAAACAAGUGAGCAUGUCGGAUCCAAUCAGAGUUGAUCCUUUUUCCAUUGUAUUUUCUCACAUUCCAAGCUUGAAAAGUCCUGCCUGUGCAUAGAUUUUUACAAACCAAAGGGGUGAAAAGUACUGCAGUUUUUCAUAAAGAAGACAAGUGUAACAGCUGAGAAAUCUGUCAUAAUCAAAUGCAAAAAGCUCA